AUGGCUGAGUGGGGCAAAGGUGAUCCACGUUGGAUUGUAGAAGAACGUCCUGAUGCCACAAAUCCAAAUAAUUGGCAUUGGAAAGAAAAGAAUGCAACACAAUGGUCAAAAGAUAAAUUGAAUGAACUAUUGGUAGGCCUGAAAGUUGAAAAUGAACAAUUUACCUGUGAAGUAAAAGAAUUAAAGCGAUGUGAAGGUGAAGCAUCAGCAAAUAAUCGAAAAGCUAAACUUGUUUUUCUAUAUGAAUGGCAUAUAGAAGGUAAAUGGGAAGGAUGGAUUAGUACAGGCGAAAAUCGAACAAAAUACGAAGGUGGAUUUGAAGUUCCAAAUCUAUCCGAUGAAAAUGAAGUUCAUGAAUUAACUAUAACAUUUUCUGUUGAAAAGACGAAAGGUGAAAAACUAAAAGAAUUGAUGGUCCAAAAAGGUGAAUCAUUGAUACGAGAGAAACUUGGUGAAUAUAUUCGUUCACUCAAAGAAGAAUUUUCUCAAGGUCUUAUUUUACCAACAAAAACUUCUUCAACUACAAACAAUAGUAAAAUAACAACAAACGUAAAUGUUACGGCAACAGCAUCAAAACCUUCUUCAAAUCCUUCAUCAUCAACGAAUAAAACGUCCUUUGAUACACGUGAAUUAACUCUCGAAGAUACAUUUAAAUGUUCACGACCAGAAUUAUUUCAAACAUUUACUGAUCUUAAUAUGGUACGAUCGUUUACUCAGAAUAGUGUUUCAAAAUAUGAAUGCCAACAGGAUGGACAAUUCUCAUUAUUUGGUGAUAAUAUAACGGGAACGUUUCUUGAUAUAGUACCAUAUGAUCGUAUUGAAAUGUUAUGGCGUUUUAAAUCAUGGCCAAAAGAACAUUUUUCACACGUUUCACUACAAUUUCGAGAUGAUAUAGAGCAAACAAAAAUAAUUGUACAACAAACUGGUGUUCCAGAACAAUUUUAUGAUAAUACAAUGGAAGGAUGGAAGCGUUUCUAUUUUGAAAGUAUCAAAGCAACAUUUGGUUAUGGAGCUCGACUACUUUAA